AUGGGGGCAUCAUUAUCGCUUUUGACGGAGAAUGGGUCGGGAAACGGGGGUCCUAGUCUGGGGGAUAUACCGGAGAGCUGCGUGGCGUGUGUGUUUCUGUACCUGACACCGCCCGAGAUUUGCAAUCUGGCUCGCCUCAAUUGGGCUUUCCGUGGGGCCGCCUCAUCCGACGCCGUUUGGGAAGCCAAGCUUCCUUCCAACUACCACAAUCUCCUCGACAUCCUCCCCCGUUCCGACGGAGAUACCGACCACAAACUCUCCAAGAAAGCCAUAUUUGCCGUCCUCUCGCGUCCCCAUCCCUUCGACGACGGCAACAAGGCACUAUGGUUAGACAGGUUUUCUGGGCGGGUUUGCAUGUCAAUAUCAGCCAGGGCAAUGGCAAUAACAGGGAUUGAAGACAGGAGAUAUUGGAAUUGGGUUCAUACUGAAGAAUCUAGAUUUCCUGUUAUAGCCUAUUUGCAGCAAAUAUGGUGGUUUGAAGUAGCUGGUGUGGUGAAGUUCCCUUUCAAUCCAGACAUAUAUACUUUGUCUUUUAGGAUUCACCUUGGAAAAUUUUCCAAACGACUUGGACGCCGUGUUUGCAAUUUUGAGCACGCUCAUGGUUGGGAUAUAAAACCAGUACGAUUUGAAUUAUCUACUUCAGAUGGUCAGCAAGCAUCAACUGAGUGCUUUUUAGAUGAUACUGAACAUGAUGGCACAAAUGGGAACCACAAGCGUGGCUGCUGGAUAGAUUACAAGAUUGAUUGCACGCAUUCGAAAGGGGGACUUUGUGUUGAUUCUGAUAUAGUUUACCCCUCGAGAGGCCGUGCAUUAAUGUCUGAGUUUGGUGAUUUUUAUGAGGGUGCUGUUGCAUCUGACAGAGAGGGCGGAGGGGGGACCGGCCAUAACUCCGUACUCAACCCUCUAGCUGACAGCCUUGGCCGCCUCUGGACAACUUCUUGUCCUUGUACUGGAGAUAAUUUAGUGAAUAAGGAGACGCUUCAAUUUAUUCGCUCUUCAUUGCAUGUAGCCACCUUGCAGCAACUGUAA